AUGGCGCAGGGGGCAAUCAAGAAAAAGGCAGUAGCAUCCAAGAAGCCGGCCGCAUUGGGUCCGAAGAGAGGAGGAAACCGCGUUAUUGCACCCAAGAAGAGCAGCCUUAUUAAGAAGCAGAAAAUAGUCAAGAAAAACUGUGGUGCUCUCACUGCUAUGACCGAGAAAAGCUUGGCACAAAAGGCAGGCCAUUUGGAACUUCUGGCUGGCGGGAAGAAAGAUAAGAAAAAGGCGGAGGCCGAGAAGAAGACUAAGAAAUGA